UUAUGCAAUAUAUAGCUAUUACGGGAAAAACAAUACACUCAGAAAGUUAAGCUUUAUGCAUUUAUUUAACUUCACAACGAUUCCCUGCUCAUAAUUACUCGUUAAAUUAUCCCUAUAUAACCUCACGUAAUGUCACCACAGAAUGUUAAACCGGUGUUAAAGUAGGAUAUUUUGUUGACUCAAUACAGUAAGUAAUGUAAACUUAAGUUAAAACCGGAUACAAGAGAGCAUACACAAGUAUCCAUUGACGCUCCUGUCGCUUUGUGUCGUUCCGAAUUUGCAAGUUUUUAAUGUAUGACACGAAAAUGACGACAUCAUUUCCUAUCAUAGACAUGUCAAAGGCUUACACAGAGCGCAAGAAACUCGCAAAGAAAGUAGUCCAUGGUCUCGAAAACGAAGGAUUUCUAUUUAUAGACAACGUCGCGAAUUUAGAUUAUGAUAAGCUUUUACACGCAUGCAAAUGGUUUUUCAAUAAGCCGAUCGAAUUCAAGCGAACAGUGAUGCGAAAAUUUUGGAACCCCGAAAAUUCUAACAUUUACCGAGGGUAUUUUCCAGUCACAGAGGAAGAACCUUGCCGGAAGGAAGGUUUUAAAUUCGCGCGCGAUGUCAAAGAUGUUGACGUAACUGCUGCUGAAUAUAACAGGUUCUAUGAGAAGUCUCCUUGGCCAAAGGAAGAUGGGGAAUUCCCUUUUAAGGAAGUCCUUCAAGAAACUUAUGAGAUUCUACACAGCACAGCUUUAGAGAUUCUAAAGCUAGUCGCCAUCGGUUUGGAUAUAGAGGAAAACAUCUUCGAAGACAUGUUUUCGGACAAACCAUGUUCUACAUUAAGGAUCAUGCAUUACCCGCCUUGGGAAGGGAAACCGCCGAAAAACGCGAUUGUCGAAGAUGGAAAAGUCGUCGUAUUUCCGGAACACAUCGACAAAAACUUCAUGACGCUUCUCACUAGAUUCGACUAUGGCGGACUGGAGUUUAAGACCAAAGAUGGUUCGUGGGCGGAAGUGGAUCCAAGACCCAAAAGUCUCGUCAUGAACAUCGGAGACAUCUUCUCCAGAAUGAUGGAUGGAAGGCUAAAAGCGAGGACACACCGGGUUAUCGACAUCGGCACCGACCGUUACGCCGUUCCGUUCUUUUUUACGCCUCGUUACGACGCUGACAUCGGGGUCAACUUUAUGGACCCGGAACACCGGGUGGAGCAAUACGGACCCUGGGUCAUCGACGUCAUUAAAAACCGGGAAAAGUAAUUUGAGUACCUUGUGCUACCGGAUAUUGAGCCGACAUCAUAGGGUGACGUUUUUGUUUUUGUACUAUACGAUAUUGUACGGCGAUUGAGUAACUAUGAUCGAGGCAAAACGUUAUUUUAAAAUAUAAAUGUAGUGUACGGACGGAGCUGCAUUACAUCUCUAUUUGGUGUCAUAUUUGUUAAGGAUUAACGACGGAAUGCAUGCAUGCAUUGAUGUCACAUUAAUACGGCUUAGUUUCUGUAUAUUUAAAACAUAUAAAAUAUUGCGUUAAAAAAAUAAUGACGAUAACACUGACUAUUAUGACACAAUUGACGACAAUGAUAUCUCUGAUGAUUGUGAUUGAUAAUUGACGACGAUAUGAAGAUAUGAUGAUUAAUUGAACAUAUGAUGUCACAGCCUGUUUGUUUUAUUCUAAAAGAAUAUGUAGUGUUUAGUAAUAUGUAUGAAUAAACUAUAGCAUAACGUUUCAAAUAUGUGAAGACAACAUAUGCAUCAUAUGCAAACAAGAGCGCAAACACGUAUAGCAAUGCCGACCGCCUGUGUAUUAGUGUGAUAUGGUAUACGCACGUCUGAUUUACUUCAUGACCCACACUUUAAAUAUUAAAAAGAAAGUGAGUUGAUUAUUUGUGUUAAGCGUGUACACUUAUUGUAGCAUACUUUGAACGAAAUACACAGUUAAUAUCGAGCCCGCGAUUACGAUACAGACAGACAGACGGACAUAGAGACAUACAGUUUAUUCAGACUUCUACUACAUCGUUAUAAUACCUAAAUAUACAUACUGUGUCCCGUAUAUAGGUAUAGCAACAUUACAUUAUAAAACAUAAAAUAGUCAAUUAAUAAUUCAAAUACAAAUAGACAUAAUCGAUUUCAAAACAACUGGUUGUCCUAACGGUGGCACUUUACUCCCUAUACGUCGUUAAACCAAACAAAACAGCAAAACAAACUGCGGACGAAAAUGAAAUCUGCACUCAGGAGGUAGGUGCAUAAAGUGAAUAAAUAUACGAGGCUUAAUUAUGUGUCUAUGAUCGAGCGCUGUCGAGUACUUUGUUUUGUUUGGGAAAUAGAACAUGAAACAAGUAUUUUAAUUGCAUUACUAUAAGAUAUAUUCAAGUAC